ACAUGUCAGGUGAUCCACAAUGGAAAACUCAGCAAGGCGUUUGGAGUAAACACAGGAGUCAGACAAGGGUGCUUAUAAUCACUAAUGAAUGAUAUUCCUAAUUGUGGUGGACUUGGAUUGCGCGUCAGACAGUGGGAAACGAGAAGACAGGGAUAUCCUUUCUGGACCGACAUGAAGAACGUAGAAGACCUGGAUUUCGCGCGUGGAUGAUUUAUGUUUGAUGUCACACAAAUUCGAAGACUUACAAGCGAAAACCGACAAACUGGUCGAAGAAGCAGAAAGAGAUUAUGAAAAUAACCAACCAAUAACAACAACAGAAGAAACAUCUAGCGCCAAUCACCAUCAAUGGGAGGGAUUUGAAAGAGGUUACUUCAUUCACUUAUCUAGGGAGCAUUGUCUCAACUACAGGAAGUUGGAACGCACGAGGAUGUCAAAUCGAGCGAGAAUCGGGAAGGCGAGAAACACAUUCAUCAACCAUCAUUACAAACCAAUCUGGAAAUCGUCACUCAGCAUCAACAACAAUAUUCGGUCGGAUUUUCAAUACAAACGUCAAGUCAGUCAGUUCUUCUAUACGGAUGAGAAACUUGGCGGAUCACAAAGAAUAUUUCCAACAGCUUGUUGCAGACCUUUAUCAACAACUGUCUUAGCUAGCUCUAUGCUGAAGAUCAGACAGCCGGGCUGGAAAGAAUCACCAACAAGAAACUAUGGGAACAAACUAAACAAAGCAAGAACCAAUCGCCAACCAACAAAUAUGCAGGAGGAAGUGGAAAUGGAUCGGACACUCGCUGAGGAGACCGCUGGGUGACAUCGUGCGUCAAACCCUCGAGUGGAACCCGAAAGGGAAGCGGCGAGUGGGACGUCAGUGCAAGGGUGAUAUGGAGGAGAUCGUGUGAAGAGUUGAGGAGUUGAAACAGUAUGGACUAACAUGGAUGCAGGUGAAAAGUACAGCACAGGACAGAAGCAAGUGGAGA